AUGGCUAUAUUGAUCGAACAUAGCUUUUUUGAUGCGUAUGCCAGAGAUUCAAGAGAUGAUUCCUCUGCUGCAAAACUUUGCACAGGAGACACAAUUUCUAUGAACAUAAAUUAUGUAUCACCGGAAGCUGGCGAUAUUAUUAAUGACCUCUCCUAUGCCACCUUAGCUCUAUUCAAGUCUCAAUUCCAUAAGAUGGAAGAUAACUCUUCUUCUGAAGAAAGUGAUUCUUUCAAAGAAAUUGAGCUAGAAUCCACGGUUAGCUUGCCUCCAAGUGGAUUGGAGGCUCAAAUGGUGUGGUUUGAAUUUCCUAAUUUAAAAUCCAUGAACCGAGUCUUGUGUGUCUUGGCAACAUAUGUCGAAGGAAUUUCCCUCCGUGGAGAAAAAUUCGACUCUCGAAUAUCAGGAACCGAGUUUUGUGUGCCUCGACAACGUAUGUGGAAGGAAUUCUACUCCAUGGAGAAAAAUUCUACUAGCAGUAAUGUAGUACUGAAUUCAAUAGACCUAGCUAAGCUAGGUGACUAA